AUCCACGUUAAUUCAACGUUAAUAAGUUCAAACUUCAAUUUUCCAAAUUUUAAUCCAAACGCCUAAGAACACUAGCGUCUCUAGCGGACAGCGGUAUUGUAUUAGCUUAUUCCCACCUACCCUCUGCCUAUCUUACGAGAAAAUUGUUCGUGUUGCUGGGGACGCGCGUUGAGUCGACGGCUUAACCUCACAUCUUGGCAUUGUUGCUCCGAUAUUUUUUGGAGUUAUAAAUAGUUGCUAUUUAUUUAUUCACUGCCAAUUAGUCAAUUCACAAACACACCAACAUGAGUGCGUUAACGAAACCAAAGUCAGAAAUGACACCUGAAGAAUUAGCCAAGAGGGAAGAGGAGGAGUUCAACACUGGACCACUUUCCGUUCUCACACAAUCGGUGAAAAACAAUACACAAGUUCUGAUAAACUGCAGGAACAACAAAAAGUUACUUGGUCGUGUCAAAGCUUUCGAUAGGCACUGUAACAUGGUUCUGGAGAAUGUCAAAGAAAUGUGGACGGAACUCCCAAGAACGGGCAAAGGAAAAAAGAAAGCUAAGCCAGUUAACAAAGACAGGUUUAUAUCCAAAAUGUUCUUGCGGGGAGAUUCAGUUAUCCUGGUUGUGAGAAAUCCCUUGGCUACAGCAUCAGGAAAAUAACGCGAAUAAAUAAUAAAUUAAACUUUAAAUAAUAAAACACAUAGGCAUAAGAUUUUGUAAAUCUAAAUAAAUUCUAAUUCAUUCACAAAAA